GUUGUUUCGCUCGUUAAUCACGGUUGGCGGCACCUGAGCGCUGUAAUCAUCGAGCAAAGCGCUCGUAUCUCGCUCAUCCGUCUCUGCUUCCUAUCAUGUCGGAUCACGGAUCCAUUCAGAGUGUUAUCAGCUCUGCCCCCUGUUGUCGCAGUGGCCGGACUCGCCGAGAAGAUGGGAAUGGUGCGCAACCCCGCGUCAGACGGCAAUCUACUACGCGUUCUCUGUGCAGCUAUCGGGCGUCCUGGUCCUGAGGCGCCAAGGUCGCCAAGGUCGCCCGAACAUGCUUCCCGUGGUGCCAUGCAGCUCAGAGCUGUCACAUCUUCAGCUCCAGCCCCGACCUGUGAUCGUUGUCAUGCAGUAGAAGCCAUCCCGGGGCCAAUCUGGACUUUCUGUAGACCAAAAUGA